AUGUGCAGGAAAAAAUGUCGAAUUUUCGCAAACGAAACGCUGAAAUAAUUGAGAAUCAACCCAAGAGAAUCUGCCUAAAGUAUCACGAUGAGCACCGUGAUAUUUCCGAACAGCAGUCCAUUGUAAAAGUUAAAGAAUCAACGGAUGUUGAGUUCUCAUCGUUGCACCAUGGCAAAUUAGUCGAGGAACUGAUCAUGCUGGAUCGGCACGACCCAACUUUAGCGUCCCGCGUUGGCUGCGAGCUACUCUUGGACGACAACGUGACCCAAACAUUCUGGACCAUGUCGUUCCACAUGAAGAACAACCUGUACCUAUCGGUAAAAGGUCACGAUGAAAUUCAACAAGUUUUCCUAUUUCGCCUGUCGGUGAAAGUCCUGCACCCGGAGCUGACGAUCCAGGUCAGCAAAUACUCCGUUGUCCACAAUGGGUAUGCCAGCUUGAGUCUUUCAAGCGUGCCAUCUUUGCGCGACCAAGGUUACCUUUGGGGUGGUCGCUGGAUUAAGUUGAUCGUAUCGCUCGAACCGAUCAACAUAAUCGUGAGGGAGGAAAUUGCCGAUUAUUUGCGCGAAGAGUACGACGAUCUCGAUAGCUGGACGUUCGACCUCCGGAAGGUACGCAUGUUUCGAUUCCAGGUGAGUUAUAGCAAACUGUGCAACCAGCGGAAGACGCUCGUUUUCCAGCAGGAAAUGGGAGACCAGAAGGGGUAUUCGUGGACGGUGAAGAUAAUGCUCAUGAAGUGUUCCUCGAACAAGUUGCAAUUGGAGCUGGUGAUCGUUCAGAAUGAGGGUGACGACAAGAAAUGCUACUAUUUCAUUCAACUGGCCAAUGAAAGGGUGAUUCUCUGCAUGCGGCGUAAUUUUGAUUACGAAAAGUACAGAGACGACGACGACGGAUACGUGAUGCGAAAGGUAUUCGAAAAUGAUCAACUAUUCAGUGUGAAUCCUCGAGACAGAUAUGCUGGAUGUUUUGAGAUUGACUUUGCAAUCAGUGCCGUUGACUGUGUGUAUUGAUAUGAGUGCAUGUGUUUGGAUGUACUUUGAAAGUAAGUAUUUUUGU